AUGGGAACCACCGAUGCUAAUAUCUCCUCUGUUAUGUCCUCACUUAUGUCUUUCCCUUCCAUCCACAACCAACUCACCAUUAAACUCACCGCCUCAAAUUAUCUUCUCUGGAAAACUCAAUUCACCCCAAUCUUCCAUGGCAAUCAACUAUACUGUCAUGUUGAUGGAACUGCCUCUCCGACGAAAGAGGUUAACGGGGCACCGAAUCCGGCGUACCAGGCCUGGUAUAUUAAAGAUCAGCUUGUAUUAACCUGGAUCUUUGGCUCUCUCUCUGAACCAGUGCUGUCUCAAGUUGUUGGUUCAACUACUGCCAUUGAUGCAUGGACAAAGCUUCAAACCACCUAUGCCUCUGGGUCCCGUGUUCAGAUCCGGUCCCUCAAAAAUUCAUUGCAUUCUCUCUCUCGCGACACUGAUUCGAUUGUUACAUACAUGGAUCGUGCAAAGCGUAUAUAUGAUCAGCUUCUUGCUCUCAAUCAACCGAUCUCUGAGGAUGAUCUUGUUGAUCACAUUUUACGGGGUCUUGGUCCUGAGUAUCGGCCCUUCACUCGCAACAUCGAGGCACGAUUAGUGUCUGUGAAAUUUGAUGAUCUAUACGGCUUACUUUUGUCUAAAGAAUCACAGUUACAAUCUUAA